AUGGCUACAAACGCUGCUCACGUGCAUCCUGGACCUGGCACACCUGGCUUGCCCAUCACCAGCCUGGAGACACCGCCAGGAGCAGAAGCCCGGAGGCCAGUAAAGACCCGAACUUGCAAGUCAGGGGCGCGAGCGCGCUCGCCUCUCAGGUCCGCAGAAGGAACGGAUUUCUGGCCUGGAGAGUGGGAACACCCGCCAGCGAGUUUCUUCCCCAGCGCCCACGAGAGUUGCGGUGCGGGCGGCAGCGGCAGGCGAAGAAUCCAGCGCGGGGAACUCAGGCCCCGGCGGUGCACGACCCCCCACCCGCCCCCGCGCUCGCGCAACAAAACUUGCGACGGCCGCGCCUCUACCCAGCUGUGCGCCCGCGGGUCCCGGAUUCACCGCCCGCCCAGCCUGGCGCGGCGCCCUCACCUCAGAAACGCUGGGUGGACUUCGCGUAACUUCCCAUUCACAGGGCAGCCGGCAGCCACGCCGCCGCGCCUCGGCCCAGCUCCUGGCGCCGCAGAUCGCCCGUCCCGCGUUCCCAAAAGCACCGCGCUCGCUCAGAAGCUCAGAAGCAGCCUCGCGACCCUCACCUACGCCUCCCAGUACCGCCGCUGUCUCAACCGCCACCCAGCCCCUCGCCUGCGCCUGCGCCUGCGCCUGCGGCCCACUGGCUCUUCAGGGUCCCGAUGGGCGUGUCAGGAUAACCCAAGGCGCAGGCGCGGCGGGGCCUUAAAGGGACCCGGCGGCCUCUUCUGCACAACGGGUUCGAGCAGUCUCCCUGAGCACAAUUUAUUUGCUGAAAGGCCACAUCUCACUAUGGAGUGAGGAUCAAGAAGUAAAGGUCUGAAAGAGAGAAGCUGCGGGGCUGGGGAGACUGUUGGUCGGAGAGGCGUCGGGGGCCCAAGGAAAAGGGAGGAUGGUGGGGAGGAAUCGGCGUAGAGAUGAGAGGAGCAGCAGAGACAGAGUCUCACGCAGAGGUGUGCCCAGACACCCUGAACCAAGUUACUUAACCUCGUCAACCACCGUGGCACCCGUGGGGUCCGUGGGCCCGUCGGUCUUCCAGGAGGGAUUCUGUGUCCCUGUUAUUGUGUGUCAACAUGUGUUAGCCUGAUAUUUAUAUUUUUAAUGAGAGAAAACGAACUCCGGAAUUUGCGAACUGUUUUUUCGGUUUUGCUUUAUACCUCUUGGACACUCCUUCCGAAGGAUUGGGUCUCAAGGGCAUUGGGGUGUGACUAUGGUAGACAGGGGUGAUUAAUUUUCAUCCAAAACUCUUUGGCGGAUUCCCCUGCUCUCCGAUUCUCCAGUCUAACAGUAGUUUAAAACAGAAGAUCAGCAACAUUUGGAGAGUUUUUUCUUUGCAUUUUAAUGAUAAACCUGAUUUAUUCAAUUCCAAAACUUUUCUUAUUCUGAGGUUGUCUUUCUAUAUUUUGAGUAUAAAACAAUGGCCAUACUAUGUUGGAACCACCAAGGUUCUUCUCUUCACUUGUUGAUUUGUAAUGUCUCUUUAUAAUCUGAGAAUUUCCUGAGUAAACUGGAACUGUUAUACAU